UCGCGGCGGGCUUGCUGACAGCCGGCGAGCCCGUGAAAGUGUAGAGCGACUUGGGUCCAGGAGGAGAGACCAUGUCCGCCGUCACAGAGACGCUGUCCUCACCUCCGCUCCCGGUUUCGCACUCGGUCUCCAUGAAAGAACAGUAACGCGCGGCCUCCAGGAUGGCCAGCUCGGGUGCUGUUCAGGUGAAACUAGAACUCGGUCACCGUGCCCAAGUCCGAAAGAAACCCACAGUGGAAGGCUUCACCCACGACUGGAUGGUGUUUGUCCGAGGACCAGAGCAGAGCAACAUCCAGCACUUUGUGGAGAAGGUGGUUUUUCACCUGCACGAAAGCUUCCCUAAACCAAAAAGAGUGUGCAAGGAUCCACCGUACAAAUUGGAGGAGUCUGGAUACGCAGGCUUCAUACUGCCCAUUGAAGUUUACUUCAGAAACAAGGAAGAACCGAAGAAAGUUCGCUUCGACUACGACCUGUUUCUCCACCUGGACGGCCACCCGCCUGUCAAUCAUCUCCGUUGUGAGAAGCUCACCUUCAACAACCCAACGGAGGAGUUUCGUAAGAAGCUGCUUAAAGCCGGAGGGCAACGGGAUCCUCACAAACGAAGUUCAGAAGACUCAAAAGUGAUGGUAAUGCAGGAGGGCUCAACUUCUCUGUUCGGUCAGCACCUGAAGCUGCCUACACUUCCCAACAGCUCGCUGACAUCCACCUUCACAGACCCAAAGAAGAGUAAAAGCUUCCUCGGGUCAAAGGAUGGCUCCAAAGGAAGUGGAGCUGCCCUUCUUACCACAGCCACAACCACCAGCACCAACAGCAGUAGCUUCUCCAAACUCUACAAACCCUCCAAGGACCACAAAGACAAGCCUCCAAAAGACUUAAAAGAUCCCAAAAGUGCCUUCAGAGACUCUGGCUGGGAACCCAGCAAAGCCCCCAAAGAACCUUCCAGGAAACCCAAAGAGAACCAGCCACUUAGGGACAUCAAUCCUAAGAUAGGCUUCAAGGAACCCAAGUCUUUGUCAAAGGAGCAUCGGACUGAGGGUAUCACCCAUGGGUCAGGGAUAAACAAGCGUCUGUCCACCUCUGACGGUGACGAUCAUGUGGCCAAAAAACGUAAAAAGGGAUUUGUGGAUUCAUCGGGGAAGCCGCUAUCAGGUUUAGACGUUCAACAUUCAGAUAGGAAACUACUGAAGGAUAGAUCACAAAUGCGAACAAGUAAAUUACGACCAGAAGUUGACGAAGCUGAGCGCAAGAAGGUGCCAACGCUUCCUCCAUUCCAGCAACUAGUGGACCCCAAUGACUCUGAUAUGGAGGACCAGUCCAACAAAUCAGAUUCCGAACAGCCCAGUCCAGCCAGUUCCAGCUCCAGUUCAGGCUUUGCUCCCACCCACCACAAACGACAAGUGGUGGACUUAAUCAUCAGGAAAAGGGUGGCUAUUCCUGCCACCACCCACACAGUGUUGGGCCCGCUGCAGUCGGUGAUGCAGGAUCUGCACUCGGACGACAACGACGAGGAUUCAGAGGACGAUGAUGACAAUGACAUGGACUCUGACAUGGAGCGAUUGGCACACACGCACCUCACACACCACCAGCGCAGGGUCAGUUUAAGUGAUGGCAGUGAGAGUGACAGCUGCUCGCCCUCACCCCCCUCCCGCAACGAGGCCCCGCCCUUACUAAAGACUACUAAUAACCAGAUCCUGGAAGUGAAGAGUCCCAACAAGCAGGGCAAACAGGACAAGAACAAAAACCUUGACUGUGACAAGGCUUACCUGGAUGAGCUGGUGGAGCUGCACAAAAGACUGAUGACACUACGAGAAGGUCACAUACUGCAACAGAUUGUGAACCUGAUUGAAGAGACGGGACACUUUCACAUCACAAACACUACUUUUGACUUCGACCUUUGCUCUUUGGACAGAAGCACAGUCAGGAAGCUCCAGAGUUACCUGGAGACCUCCGGACUGUCCUGAGGCCCCGAGCAGCUGGCUGCUGGAUCUCUGUCUCCACAUAGACUUCUGACUUCCCUUGAAUAAACUCUUUCGAUGCAAUGCAAAAGCCCCACUGUGGCCCGGGUCCAGUUGCUGUGUGCGUCCGGCCUGCUGGUUGGACUGGGCUCUCUGAAUGAAGAGGUCGACCCGCUGCAGAAACCAGAGCCAGGUGUGGCGGGGCCGAGCCCUGUCGAUCAGGAGAUCACCCAGAAAGCCUUGAAAACUUCACUUGAUCUCAAAGAAAAACCCGAGUGGGGAGUGGGGGGGCGGUGUUCUCUUAAUGAAUGUGCAUAUUGUUACCAUGUAUGUUUCUUGAUUUGUUGUACAUUGUGACAAACGCAUGGUCAACACUGCCUUACAAAAUUGUAAGUCUUAUUUAUUGAAUUUAAUUUGCAGUGUGUGUGUGUGUGUGUGUGUGUGUGUGUGUGUGUGUGUGUGUGUGUGUGUGUGUGUGUGUGUGUGUGUGUGUGUGUGUGUGUGUGUGUGUGUGUGUGUGUGUGUGUGUGUGUGUGUGUGUGUGUGUGUGUGUGUGUGUGUGUGUGUGUGUGUGUGUAUUUGAAAUGGCAACAAAAAGAAAAGAAAAGCAGCAGAAUGAGACUUUGUAAAAGCACUUCACAGCAGACACAUCACUACAGUAAUGUCACUGACUUGGAUUUUAAAUCAAAUCAAACUGAAUAAUGUUAAUAGGAACAAAAGUGAUUUACUUUUCAAUUGAUAAAAAAAUGUGAUACGUUUGUCCGACUCCAUUGGGAAACGAGCAAUCUAUUUUGUUUUUGUGAAGGUUAUUGUAAAUCUGAAACACUAAAUACUGGUUUUGCGGGAAUGGAAAAAAAGAGGCAUGGCCAGUUUAGACUAGUCCUUGGUCAAUUGCAAACACAUUUUGACAAAGUGGUUUUGCUUUGUCCGUGACUUUGUCAAAGAACAGAGCAGCAAGACAAGAGGAGGACGACAUAUUUGUGCUUGGAGAACAAGGUUGUUAUUGAGCGGCAAUCGAGGCCACACUGAACCCAUAGCUACAAAUGUAUUUAAAGAUGCCGUCGCCACGGAUUAGAUCACUGCCUACAUAACGUGAGACGUGAUGAAUCACACAAAUUGGACAUGACAGCACUCCUUUACAGUCCAUCUCUACAAAGGUGGCUGUGAUGCUCCCCUCGGCUGUACACACACGACCUGAGUGCAUCACACCACGAGCUGGUAUUUGCAUAAUGGGCAUAAUCGUCCGUUUAGGGAAAUAGGACGUUACAUAAAAAUACCACACAGAGCCAAUAAUUUAGCACCUUCUGGUUGUUUCCUCUUAAGGAAAGCUUGUGUCAAAGGAUGUAAUCUUAUCACUGAAUUUAUGUCCUUGCAAUCUGAUCAGUGCAUAUAUCUGCAUCCAUAAAAAAAAUCCAAAUGACCGCGAGCACACUCUGAAAGAAUUUUACCACACACCUUUUUCUUGUGGCAUUUUUUUCCCGUAUUUGACGCUGUACAGACUGAGAUGUGAGCGGCUGCUGGAGCGAGCUGAGCCCAAAUCACUGAGGAGGACGUGUUCAUCAUCACAUCCUCCUGCUGCUGCAACUUAAAGAGAGCAGAGCCAAUGGAACGCGCCAAGACCACAGUUAACGGAUUCACUCGGUUUAAGAUCGGACUAACGUUUGUCUACAGGAUAUCAUCUCUUUGCCAUUGGGAGGAAAAAGGAUUUGUAGCACAGACCCGAGCCCCGUCGGAGGAGAGGGAGGACCGGCUCCCUUUACGACGUCUGCAGAGAAAAGAAACUCCCGCGUUCUGCAUUUCUGAAAUGUGUGAUGAAAUUAUUUGGCUAAAUCUCAUGGGUUGGUUGGGGGGGGGCAGGAUUUUUGACUGACAGGUAAUGUUACAGGUGAAAAAAAAAAAAGUAAGAUCUUUUAUUUAUUUUGUUGGAGCUUGAGUUGUUAAAUCAGAGCUCAGCAUUAAUUUUUUUCCGAGGACACAGCCUUCGUUGGAUUUGGAACGGAGGACACUUUUGCCGGUCUGAUCAACUGAAGUUCAGAAUGACAAACUGUUCCGGGCCUUUUCCAAAUGACCUUAAAGGGGUUUUGCUUGCCCCGUGCUCUUGUCUUAUGGUUUCUUGUGUAUUUUGAGGACAUACAAUAAACAUUCUGUAUGAUGUACAGAUGAGUUAUUAA